UAGAAAAACGCCCUACCAAGUUUCAUUCCAGAUCCGCAACGCUCUUUUCCUCAGUAGAAGUACUACUGUCCCGGCUGUGUUUUCAAGCAACCAGUCUGGGGUUCCCAACUAUCCUCACAUCCCCGCUUGCCCAAUUUUGCGUCUUUUUACUCAUCACUGUCUUUAAGUGACACACUCUUUGCCUUCGGCUUUGCAACAUUCCUUCGCCAGAUGGAGGAAUUGCCCUCAACGGGGAGAAGCGUAUACCGAGAAAACUUCGACAGCAGCAGCACCCACACUCUUGGUGGUCGGUCGACCGCGUCAUUGAGAGGUCAUGCUGCCCCAAUUGCAGGAGCUGGCUCUGCCGUCGUUCAGUCAGAGUUAGAUCUAUUCGCUGAUCCAUUUGCCAGUACUACUCCGGCUGGAAUAACAAUCAAUGCCCCUGCACAUCAAAAAACCGAAGCCGAUAUUCCUCAAUCAGAGCAUCAACCAGCAGAUACAGAUGCAGCAAGAUUGCCUGCUGCUGCACCUAGACCUCAUCUAUACAAGCGAAGAUGGUUUAUAGUCACUUCAAUCGUUGGCGCUUGUUUGGGCAUCGCAUUGCUUUUCAUCGUUCUGUUCCCUGUGCUCCGCGCAAUCGUUCAGUAUGUAAUUAACCAAUCCACGCUGAAUAUCCAACAAGCGGCAAUAUUGUCUCCUUCAAAUACGUCCUUCACUUUAGCAAUUCUAGGCGUCGUAUCUCAUACUGGUAUCUUCUCCGCCACAGUGGCCUUCUCGCAGCCAGUAAACGUGAGCUGGAUAAAUGGCAGUGUUGAAAUACCUCUCGGCUAUAUGUCGCUUUCGACCCUGUAUGCUUCCAAUAAACGGGCAACGAUCAACGAUACGACGACCUUUUACAUCACAGAUCAAAACGCCUUCGGCCGCUUUACAAGCUCGAUGAUUACAUCGCAAAAUUUCACUUGGAAAUUACAGAGUUCUAAUCUGAAUGUUCAGGCGAUGAAGUUCCCUACCGCGCAUGGUAUUUCAUUCAAUAAGCUGGUGACCAUCAAUGGCACGAACAAUUUUGCUGGAAAUGUCAUUCUCAAGGAUAUGCAACUACCCAGUGACAAUCCUGAGGGAGGCAUUGAUUUUGUAGCUGUCACGCAGUUGAACAAUACAAGCCCUUUCACACUGGGGCUGGGAACAGUAGUUUUCGACCUCGUGUACCAAAACGUCUAUCUUGGUACUGGAACGGGAUUCAAUACGAACAUUGUCCCUGGUCCUAACAACAUCACGCUGAGCGGUAUUUUGGUACCCCAGACGACGCCCGCCAACCUUGCAUCAGUCUCGCAGCUUUUCACCAAUUACAUCAAUUUCGAAAGUUCGCCUGUAAUUGCAAUGGGCAAGUCAACACUGCAGCCAGAUGGCUCACAGAUAUCUUGGCUUAGCCAGGGUUUGGAAAGCCUUCAGCUAACGGUGCCAUUUAAGUCAACCACGCCGAUUAACCCAAUUCGGUCUAUCCAGAUAGGGAGCAUGGCGCUUGCGUUCACCCCAGAGACGGCAUGGACCCCGCGAACGGAUAGUAACUCAGUUCAUGCGACCAUGCAAUUGCCUUUCGGGUUUGGCUUGUCUAUCGACCAGAUUCAGAAUGAGUUCACAAUUGUCAAAAACGGUUCGGAUGUAGCGGGUCUGAAUACGCCUCUGGGUGCAUCAACAUCUUCAAUCACUGUGCUGAGCCCGACAGACACUGAGGGCACCAUUACCAUUACCAUUUUGAAUAGUGUUUUGAACGCUACAGAUCCAGAUCAUGGCAGUUUUGCCGCAUUCAACAUGGAACUCACGGAUUCUACCACGACCGAUUUCCUGCUGGUUGGCAAUUCUCGCGCGGUCGCGAACAUGAGCAUUGGUCAAAUUACUUUGGACCCGAUCAAGGUCAACGUGUCAACCAGCCUCAGUGGCCUGCAAGGUCUGAAGGGGUAUACCACUAUUGGGGCUGUCGACGUUAUUGGCGGAACCCAGCAGGCCCUUAAUCUUAGCAUCGACGUGUCCAUCUAUAACCCUUCCAAUCUUGAUCUCGCUACUGGCGACCUCCAACUCCAACUGCAACGCGGUGGUGCAAUCCUCGGAACUGCACUGAUGCCCAAUCUGACACUGAGCAUGGGGAAUAACUCGGUUCAUUCGAUAUCUGCUUUUGAUCCUAACAACUCACCCGAAGGAUUGCAAACACUUAGCCAGUUUGUUGGCGGUCAAGACGUGGAGCUUAAUAUCGUAGGCUACAGUGGGAGCACACAGGUCGCUUCUCUUCUGGAGGCUUUUGAAAGUAUGAACAUCACUGCCACGCUCCCUGGCCUCAACUCCAGUCUUUUGUCGACGGGUUCUUUGGAGAUCCUUUCUACCACUUUCGUUACGAACAACAUCAGUCAGGUCACUGUAGCACUCGUCAAUCCUUUCACCGCGGGCUUCGACAUCACCAGUAUCUCAUCCAAUGUCACCUCGCAUGGCUUGUACCUUGGUUCUAUUAAUACUGCGACAAGUUUUAACUCUGCAGGGAAAUCGACUUCGAAGUCUCCUGCUCUCAAUAUGAUCAUGAACUAUGAUCCGCCAACACUCUUCACACUGACUCGCGUGCUCGCCGUGCAGGCAGGUUUGGAUCCUACACAACUGGACGGCAUCGUAGCUCUUGGGGAUUAUCAGUAUGUAACUGCCACGACAGCGGACUCUGAGCCAGUUCCUCAACAACAGCGGAGAGAUAACAUAUACACGGGAUUCAAUCUGCCAAAUUUUGUUGACCAAGCAUUCAAGCAGUUAAGGAGUGAUAUAGAGCUAUCUGCACAACUUACGAUUGGGAACUACGCGACGACACUUAGUUACACUCAGAAUGAUGUCCCCAUUACCACGGACAGCAGCCUUAACUUAAUCUUACCUAUCUUGGCAAAACCUAUCGUUCAGAAGGUCGUUGGUGGCAGUAUCCUGGGUGUGGAAUCUGUUCUCAUCACUAACCCUCAGGAGACGAUGUUUGGAACACAAUUGAAUGGAAGCAUCACAAACGCCGGGCCUUUUGACGCAACAAUCACGUUCAACAACGGACUCACUGUUUCGUGGGGCGGUCAGCCGAUCGGCGUGAUGAAGAUGGACCCCGUUAAUGUCGUCGGUGAUGUCGGAGCUACUCUCAAUGUGCAAACUACGUUUGAAGUUGCCAACGCAGAUUAUUUGGCCAAUUUUACUAAGGUUAUGCUAAAUAGCGAAUCGUUUGAAUGGGACAUUUCUGGCGAUAACCUGACUGUCAGUGCCCUUGGCAUCGAAGUAUCCGGCAUCUCUCUUCCUUCCAAAGUGGUCACCUUGAAGGGUUUCAAUGGUCUUAAGAAUGGUGUGGUUAUCAAUUCCUUCGACCUCCCAUCCAACGACCCUGCUGGUGGAAUCCAUCUGACGAUUGAUUCAGAGGUCAUCAAUCCUUCUCAAGUUGGCAUUGAACUUAGCUCCAUUGCGUUCAACACCUAUGCGAAUGGUAUUGAGAUAGCUCCAGUCUCUUCGACUUCGACCAUCACGCUAGCGCCGAAUUCUACCUCAUCACUUGGUCUAGUUGGUCGGCUCAUUCCGCAGAACUCUUCAGAAGGGCUCGCAACUGUUUCCACUAUUUUCAACAACUAUAUUCAUGGCAUGGACAGUCAGGUCACCGUCUAUGGCGCUGGUGCUGGUCCGAGCGAUGUCACUUGGCUAAAUGAAGGUAUACAAACCCUUCAAGUAGCGACAUCGCUACCGAACAAAGGAAAACUUGGCAUCAUUCAGUCGAUUAAUCUCGAACAGCUAUCUCUCAUGUUCACUGAGGCUACAGCAUACAAUCCAAUGUCAGGCAGUAAUCUGACGACUACUGCAUUCACUCUGCCUUUUGCUUUCCCAAUCGAUAUCACGGCGCUUGCGCAGAAUAUUACUGCUGGAUAUGAUGGCCAAUCUUUUGCUGAACUGGUUAUCCCAUGGGGCCCCAGCACGACUGACAUUCAGAAUCGUAUCAUUUACUUGACGUUUAAUGAUGUCCCGUUUGCUGUGUAUUCUGACCAGCAUGAAACUUUCCAGAAUUUCGUGGCUGCUACAACGCUGGGAUCUUCGCAAAUGUUGGCGCUGUCGGGCGCUGCGAAUGCCGAUGCCUCUACGGCCGUUGGUGUAUUGUCUCUAGUGGACAUCGAGUUCUCUGUGCAAUCUACGAUCGCGGGAUUGCAAGGGCUCAAGGCGAAACCCGCCUCUGUUACCAACCUGGAUGUCAACCACGGAUAUUCGGAUUACUUGCUUAUUACAGUGGACACUUCACUUUUCAACCCGAGCAACCUGACAAUCGGUGCUGGCGAUGUUGCGUUUGCAUUGCAGUUUGAAAACCAAGUCAUUGGUUCUGCCGAUUUGAGCAACAUGAUCAUCCAGCCUGGGAAUUUAUCCUAUCCUACUGACGUCCAUUACUCCCCUCAAGGAGCUGCGCAAACAGCAGCAGGACAAGCGAUGCUCGAAAACUACCUUCAGGGCGUCGAUUCGCAAACAACCAUUAUGGGGACCUCCAGUUCCACUUCAAUUGGCUCUUUGGAACCAGCUCUCGCGCAGAUCAAUUUGUCACCAGUGACUAUCCCAGCCUUGCAUCAGAACCUCAUUGGCAGUGCCUCCCUCGAGUUUCCAACUGAUAUCGUUCAAACUGGUGUGGCCUCAACGACUUUCACUUUGGCAAAUCCGUUCUCGGCCAGCAUCAAUCUGCUCGAAGUCACUGCAAUCGCGACCUACCAUAACCUGACCCUUGGCGCUAUCAAUCAUGUUGAUAUGUCUUCAAACCCAAUCCAUGCUAAUGGACAUUCCAAUAUUACGUCGACUGUGCUUCCAUUUAACUUCAACCUCAACCCGUUGACCAUCAUUGGGUUGAUUACCACUUCCGCUGAAGAGCACAAUGUCAACCUUGGUCCUCUGACGAGUUUAUUUCAGCUGGUUAUUGAUAACCCGAGCUUCCACCCACCUAUCAAUACGUCGGUGGAUACAAGUAAUCCAACUUGCGUCAGCGGAAACCAAUUCGACAUCGACGACGCCAUUUUGAACGCGUUGAAAGGUUUACAAGUCACACUUGCAGUGGAUUCUUCCGUAAAACUUGAUGAUUACGUAACGAAUCUUGCCUUCAAUCAAUAUGGGGUUUCGGCUAUUACGGACAAAACGUCAUUGUAUCUGAUCGGUGCGGUGGGUGGUCCUAUUACCCAAAACCUUGUCAAUGGUGCUACGCUAGCGUUCAACCAAGCAAACAUCACGGACAUCACAAAUGAGGGCUUCCAGCUCUCCUUGCAAGGGUCCUUGACCAACGUUGGCCCUCUAGAUGCUCUGAUCGAGUUUGUUGACCCAGUGACGGUAACGUGGCAAGGCCAUGAUAUUGCAACAAUUGCACUGCCUCCAGUGUGUGCUGCCGCGAAUACCGGGGUACCGAAUUAUAACACGCAAGGCCAGCUAGUAAUCACCGACCAAGUCCAGUUCACCUCAUUUGCGACGUAUUUGCUACACAAUCCAAGUUUUGAUUGGACGAUUUCCACUUCCUCCCUCAAGUUAACCGCUCUGGGAACAAUCUUCAAUGGAGUCUCGAUGUCAAAAACGGUCACCUUGAAAGCAUUUAAUGGUCUCCCAGGCGUCACGAUCAGUAACUUCCAACUCCCCUCUGACGAUCCAGCUGGGGGAAUUACGAUAUCGACAGACUCUGUCAUUCCUUCCCCUGCUCAACUUGGCAUCGGCCUUGGAAAUGUUGGAUUUCAAGCCUACUUCGAGAAUGCUCACAUUGGACCACUUACCGCUAGUGAGCUCGUCCUCCCACCCGAGUCGUCAGUGACAUCCCACCUCAGUGGACAAAUGAUACCUCAAAGUGGCUCUGGUCUGAGUACUAUUGGCAAAUUAUUCUCAGAAUACCUAGCUGCGGACAAUAUCACGCUGAAUGUUCAAGGUGACACUGUUCAACCACCAGGUGCAAACGGACCAGUAACUUGGCUCAGUACCGCCUUUAAGACUCUCACACUUGAUGUCAUUUUGCCUGGAAAGAAGUUUGACAUUAUCCAAUCCAUCGUACUCUCGGAUUUGAGCUUGACAAUGCAGAACCAGGACCAGGCAUAUUCUCCGUUGUCAGGUUCCAAUAAUACCGUGGCACAAUACAAGAAUCCCUUCGGUUUCUCAUUACAAGUUAUUCAGUCUACCGUUAACAUAGACCUCGACUAUGGAGGUACAGCUGCCGCUCAGCUGAACCUUCCUCAAUCCGACAACAUUGGAGGGGUAUCGACUGGGAAUCUCGCUGCCUUGCCAAUCAGUUUCCAUAAUGUCCCAUUAACUUCAGUUAACAACGGCGCCUUUGAAGCCAUGUUUGCUCAAGUGACGGACAAGGUUUCGGCAGACCUAGAAUUGAGCGGAACCGCUGAUGUGACUGCCAAGACUGCCAUUGGCGAUGUUCCUAUCUCAGGAAUUGCUUUCGAUGUCCCUUCAAGCCUAAGUGGCAUGAACUCCUUUGAUAGUAAGGCAACAAUAACCAACAUCUCGAUUUCUGGCAGUGGUGGGAACGGUGGGGAUCAAUAUAUCAUCUCGCCCCUCACGUCUUCGAUGAACAACCCGUCCAACAUCUCGCUUGACACGGUUGAUAUCGCCCUGCCAGUGUACUACCAAGAUGUCAUGAUUGGUCGAGCAGCAUUCGAUCUCUUCAACUUGGUUCCAGGAGAAAAUACAAUUCCAGGAGAGUUCCAUUACGAGCCGGCAAAUCCGAAUGAUACCGUAGCUGAGGUUGCUGUCAUGGACUUUAUUAUAACCUGAUUAUUGAUUUCUGUGACGUAGGCCUUCCUCACCAGCUUCCUGCAAACCGGCAACAGCCUUCCAGUUACUAUUCAAGGAGAUUCU